GGGGGGGUCUGUUUGUAGUACUCUCAGUCCUGAUGUCACAGGCGCGGCAAGGACAUCGCAAGGAGGAGUCGGAUUACAGUAAGGAUGGGCAGUGCAGCAGGCAGCCGGAGCGCACGCUCCAGCCGCCGGGGAUCGUAGCCCGGGAAAGGCAGCCUGCAAGGCGCUCAUCCCGCGGAGGACGCACGCUCAGCGCUCGCAGCUCUCCGCGCCGGGGACAUUUCCGCCGAAUGUAGCAUGAAACGACUCUGCUCUGCGUGUCAGCCUUGGGUGCGAGCUGAUGCUGAAGACGCCGCGGUGGGGUUCCAGCUGUCUGAUUAAUGAGAAACAUAAUGUAUUUUGGUGGUACAUGCCAGAGCCCCGCUCUCCCAGCCCUGGUCCGUCCACCAGCCCCUCCUCUGCAGCCUUCGCUGGAUAUCAAACCCUUUCUUCCCUUUCCUCUGGACACUGCAGCCGCAGUCAACCUCUUCCCCAAUUUUAAUGCGAUGGACCCGAUUCAGAAAGCUGUAAUAAAUCAUACAUUCGGGGUUCCUCUUCCUCAUCGAAGAAAGCAAAUCAUAUCAUGCAACAUUUGCCAGUUGAGAUUUAAUUCCGAUAGCCAGGCUGCGGCCCACUACAAAGGCACGAAACAUGCCAAGAAGCUCAAAGCACUGGAAGCCAUGAAAAAUAAGCAGAAAUCUGUAACUGCCAAGGACAGCGCAAAGACUACCUUCACCUCCAUCACUACCAAUACCAUCAAUACCAGCUCUGACAAAACAGACAGUACCGCAGGGACACCAGCAGUUUCAACGACAACUGUGGAAAUUCGCAAAAGCAGUGUUAUGACAACUGAGAUCACCUCCAAAGUGGAAAAAAGCCCCACGACAGCCAGUGGCAAUAGCUCAUGUCCUUCCACGGAGACUGAGGAAGAAAAGGCAAAACGGCUUCUUUACUGCUCACUCUGCAAGGUUGCCGUCAACUCUGCCUCGCAGCUGGAGGCACACAACAGUGGUACUAAGCACAAAACCAUGCUAGAAGCUCGGAACGGAAGCGGAACUAUCAAAGCCUUUCCUAGGGCAGGCGUGAAAGGCAAAGGACCAGUUAAUAAGGGAAACACAGGUCUGCAAAACAAAACGUUUCACUGUGAAAUCUGUGAUGUGCACGUCAACUCGGAAACACAACUUAAACAGCACAUUAGCAGUAGAAGGCACAAAGACAGAGCUGCUGGGAAGCCCCCGAAACCUAAAUACAGUCCUUACAACAAACUACAGAAGGCAGCACAUCCUCUGGGGGUAAAAUUAGUAUUUUCAAAAGAAACUUCAAAGCCAUUGGCUCCACGAAUUCUACCAAACCCACUGGCGGCAGCAGCCGCUGCUGCUGCAGUGGCCGUGAACUCCCCCUUCAGUCUCCGAACUGCUCCAGCGGCCACACUGUUCCAGACCUCGGCCCUCCCGCCAGCACUCCUGCGGCCAGCUCCCGGACCUAUUCGGACCGCCCACACUCCUGUGCUGUUUGCUCCUUACUGAGUUCCAAAUGGGAGUACUUGUACUGCAAUAAUUUUUCAAAAAACAAACAAAAAACA